CUUUGCAGACGUGACUACGGUUUUCCCCACCGCUAGAGCGGACACUUUCUUUCUCUUGUCAUACCACCGAUUAUGCUGGAGUCAGCAUUUUCGCUGCACGACCGAGCGUUCGCAGAGAAUCUGGGGACGGUUCUUCUCUACGCAGUAGUGGGUACUGUGAUCAACAUCCUGACGAUUGGAUCGUCGUUGUACGCAUGCUCAAUGGUCGGCGCCUUCAGCGACCUCCGGCUUGGUCUCAUCACGUGCCUCGUCUUCAGCUCUCUGAUUGCUGCUGUGGAUCCAGUAGCCGUACUCGCCAAUAUUUCAAGAGCUGUGGGGUCAACAACACGCUUUACUUUCUCGUCUUUGGAGAGAGUCUCUCUAACGAUGCAAGCAGAACAUGGUUGCAGUGGUGGAGCCACUGGCGGUAUUCGGCAUGGCGUAUCUGUCAUACCUACUGGCGGAGCUGUUCCAUCUAUCUGGUAUCAUAAGCAUAAUAAUGUGCGGCCUGGUACAAGCUCAGUACGUGGAACACAACAUUUCGUCCAAGUCCCACACAACCAUCAAGUACUUUGGAAAAAUGCUCAGGUGAUAGAUCACUCCAUGGCAGGAGUAGAGGAGAUCAUAGGACAGCGAGGCAGUUACUUCAUACGCGAGAUCGCGGCGCACUACGAUCACAAGUAUCUGAAGCGGUGGCUGCAGCGAGAGUGCGAGACGAAGGAUGCUCAUAUCAUGGCCAUCUACGACAAGAUUGCGCUACAGUAG